UCACUGACGCAUUCCGUUUGGAACAAUAAAUAGAGCGAACAAGGCUCCUUCCAGUUCACAAGUCUGAGAAGACGCAUGAAGAAGUUCUUGCUUCAACAGUGAUUGAACGGAACUCCUCUGCCUUCGUCCCGCAUUUUGGAUUGAUAACAUAACACUUACCUGAACUAUAAUAGCAAAAUAGUCGAAUAAACCCUAUUUUUGUACCGUUACUUUAGAUAUUAAAGAAAAUCUGCCAAAAUGGAGUCUCAGAUCCGCCAGAACUAUCACCACGAUUGCGAAGCUGCCAUCAACCGGAUGAUCAACUUGGAGAUGUUUGCCUCCUACACCUACACUUCAAUGGCUUUCUAUUUCUCCCGUGACGAUGUGGCUCUGUCUGGCUUCGCGCAUUUCUUCAAGGAGAACAGCGACGAGGAGCGGGAGCACGCCGACAAGCUACUCUCCUUCCAGAACAAGAGAGGUGGACGCAUUUUACUCCAGGACAUCAAGAAGCCAGAACGUGAUGAGUGGGGCAAUGGGCUGGAGGCCAUGCAGUGUGCUCUGCAGCUGGAGAAGAAUGUGAACCAGGCCCUUCUGGACCUGCACAAGAUUGCCUCUGGAAAGGUUGACCCCCAUCUGUGUGACUUCCUGGAGACCCAUUACCUGAAUGAGCAGGUGGAGGCCAUUAAGAAGCUGGGAGACCACAUCACCAACCUCACCAAGAUGGAUGCUGUCAAAAACAAGAUGGCAGAGUACCUGUUUGACAAGCACACCCUGGGAGGCCAGAGCUAAACCACUUCCAUCCCCAGGCUACGGCCUCCAGCCUCAGACCAGGACUCCUGGCUUCUCUGAUGGAUCCUACUGGCUUUACAUUUAUAGGGGAGAGUGUUAAACUGGUGCAGUGCAACACAGCUGUAACAUUAGUGUUUCUGUUGACAACACUACUGUAUUGGAGGCAAGGCUUCUUAUAAAACAAUUAAAAAUAUCAGUUAAGUUUGUUGCUGUUUUCUAAGUGUUGACCUGUAGUAAUGGAUGUUGUAUCAGUCUAUUGAGGUUCUUUGCUCUUUUACUGAGCAUCUUCAUACCAGUGGUGAAUACUGACAAUUGACUGACUGAGGGUCAUAACAAUAGAAGUUUAACAUGAGGUUUUAUAAAGGAUGUUACCUCUCACCACAGAGGGUGUCCUUUACCGUAUCUUGUAAUAGUGCCAUAUCAAUUAAGGGCCCAGCUGUCAACUCUAGGUCCAUAGGAGUGAAAUGGGUAACUACAGUUGAUAUAGACCUUUUAAUCUGAGCAUCACAAGUUUAUUAUUAUACAGCCUAGAGGUCAAUCAAACCCUUGCGUCCUGCUCGGUAAUUCAGUUAGCAAGUUAUGGUAUAUUUCUCUAGUGAUGAAUUUCAUCUCUUACUGACACAAAAUAUGUCUACUUCAGGUAAUACCCAAAAGUUCCCCUACAGCAAACUAUGAACUGAGUACUCAAAAUAGUAAAUCUACAAGCCUCUUGUUCACCAUAAGGGGCUUAUCGGAGCUGUCAUAUGGUUGCAAAGCUACUGGUAAUUUACUGAAGUCGUUCAUUUUGGUAAUUGACAGCCAAGCUUCACCUUAAUACUUUUAACUGAAAAUAUUGCUAGACAAUUUUAAGGUGUCCAUAUAGUAAAUGAGUUUCUAGCGGGUAGACCAUUUCGUUAAAGGGGAAAAUGGCCUAAUGAGAAGUGUCUAAUCAGCAAUGGCAUUUUCAAUAACUAAACUAUUUCCUUUUCACAACUGCCGCCAACAUUAACAACCUAGAAGUAUUGACAUGGUAAAAUGGAGUACAUUUAAUUAAAAGAUAAUGGUGUUCACAGAGUUGAUUUAUAUUUAGGGUAAUGUUUUGCAGCUUUGUCAUUCUAUUUGAAAAUAUAUUUUACAUGUGAAAUCCACACACGCCAGAUAUUUGUGAUAAUCAGACGUACCCAAGAAGGCUACUAGAUGGCAUCUGGUUCAUUUGCAUUUUCCAACAUUUGAAUUUAUGGAUCCCUAUUAGCUGCUGUCAAGGUAUCAGUUACUGGGGCCUCCCGGGUGGCGCAGUGGUUAAGGGCGCUGUACUGGGUUCGCACCCAGGCUCUGUCGUAACCGGACGCGACCGGGAGGUCCGUGGGGCGACGCACAAUUGGCCUAGCGUCGUCCGGGUUAGGGAGGGAUUGGUCGGUAGGGAUCUCCUUGUCUCAUCGCGCACCAGCGACUCCUGUGGCGGGCCGGGCGCAGUGCGCGCUAGCCAAGGUUGCCAGGUGCACGGUGUAGCCUCCGACACAUUGGUGCGGCUGGCUCCGGGUUGGAUGCGCGCUGUGUUAAGAAGCAGUACGGCUGGUUGGGUUGUGUAUCGGAGGACGCAUGACAUUCAGCCUUCGUUUCUCCCGAGCCCAUACGGGAGUUGUAGCAAUGAGACAAGAUAGUAGCUACUACAACAAUUGGAUACCAUGAAAUUGGGGAGAAAAAGGGGUAAAAUCAAAUUUUAAGAAAGGUAGCAGUUACUCUUUAUGGGGUCUAGCAAAAUAAAGGCAGUUCUAUACAAUAACACUAACAUUACAUUAGAUUUCACAACACAUUAAGGGUUUGCCCUCAGGCCACUACUCUUCUACAACACGAAAUGUAUUGCAUUUUUCAAUUAAUAAUUGAGUAGCCCAGCAUUCACAUUCAAUUCCAUAUUUUGAGCCAUAGGCCUAUCCAAGCUUUUACACAUAAUUUAGUUGUCCAAAGUUGGCAUCAUCAUCACUUUAAUUGGAUUGAUAAGGUAUUUCUAUCCCAGUUCACUUUCACUACAACAAAGUAAUCAGCCUCUCUGUUUUCAGUUAGACUAACACAAUACUUGUUUAAUUUGAUUCAUUAUAGAAUCUUCACCUUAUUAGAACAUGAUUUCCUUUACAACCAUGUAUGUAUGUACGUAUACAUGUAUACUUGUUAUAUUAAUUGAUAGUGCAAUUAAAGUGUCAUCAAGUCA